UAAUUUAUGAGGGAAUAAUGAAGUACAUGCCAACGGAAACAGCCCAUAUAAGCGACUUAGUUCAAUAUCAUGUUUCCUACAGUGACUUGUUUCAUGUUUUUUCAUUGUACAGCAUGUUUCCUAUGACUGCCAGCAUAGUCCCUAUGAAUAUUCUUUCUAAUUGAUUCUUGCACUUUCUUAUCUGUAGUCGAAAUAUACAUGAGUUUGCAACAUAACAUAGGAAAGUAAUUUCCUACUUAUUCCAGUGGAACCCAACACCACGUGGGAAGCCUCUGAAGUAUCUGUGCAUGCUGAGCAUUGCCUUCCAUACACCAAAAAAAGAAAAGGCUUUUGCUUUUAACCUGGCUUUCUUUGAAGAAGUGACUCAGGCAGUUUCAUGGCCUCACAAGAACAUCAAGGUAAUGUAGACAAGGAUUUUCCUAAUUACUUACCUGGUACUCCAGAUCCUUCAGAUCAGGAUGAGAAGGCAGAGCCUUCGGCAUCAUGGAAAUCAUCUCCUCCAGAAAAAAAAAACCCAGAACCUCGAUUUUUGGUACCACCUGGUCUGGAACAUUUGAGCAAGAUAAAUCAAGUUAUUAUACAUCAACAGGUGGAGCUCUUGGGAGUCUUUCUUGGCACUGAGAAGAGCAACAAGUAUGAAGUAAAGGACAGCUUUGGACAAAAACUUUAUUUUGCCGUGGAGGAAAAUCUGUACCUUAAUAAAAACUUGUGCGGACCAAUGAGGCCCUUUACAAUCCGGAUUUGUAAUAACAGAGGACAUAAUGUAAUCACGGUCAUUAGACCCUUGAGGUGCAUUAGUUGCUGUUUUCCCUGCUACUUGCAAGAGCUGGAAGUACAGGCCCCUCCUGGUACAACUGCUGGUUUCAUUGUCCAGAAGUGGGAUCCGCUUUUGCCAAAGUUUACAAUCCAAAAUGAGAACAAAGAGGAUGUAUUAAAAAUCAUCGGUCCAUAUGUAACCUUCAGCUGUCUUGGAGAUAUACAUUUUGAGGUGAAAACACUUGAUGAAAAUUCCAAUAUUGGAAAGAUAUCCAAGUACUGGUCAGGGUUUGUAAAUGAUGUUUUUACCAAUGCUGAUAAUUUUGGAAUUGACUUCCCACUUGACCUUGAUGUGAAACUGAAAGCAGCUCUGAUUGGCACAUGUUUUUUAAUAGAUUUAAUGUAUUUUGAGCAGUCUUCAGAUAGAUUUUGAUGAUGAUAGCUUUGCCAGUACCUUCUGAUGAAUACCAUGGGAAACAAAAGAAGAUAUUGAUUAUAUUUACCUUAAGAAGAUUUAAUAACUUUUCAAAAAAUUGUUAAUUAAUCCUUACAUAUGUUCAAGUCUGUAUGAAUUACUGUAUUUUAAGCUUGUGCAAUUUUUUUUCAAUAAACUUAUAUUUGUGAGCAAUACAAAAA